AUGAAAUCGCCCUCCAUCUCCGAAGAGGCCGCGGCGGUGGCUGCCGGCGACGAUGAAUCUUCCUUGGCGUCAUCAGCAGGAAGAGCCCGCGAAGACCUGCGUCACUUUGAGCAGAACCACCAGCACGACCCCAACCUGCCGCCCGAGAAGCUCGCCGCCGUCCACGAUGCGCUCGACCGCGGCGACGUCAAGGAAAUGGCCGACACGGACGCGCUCCUCUGCGAGAACUCGCCGUACGAGGAGGUGCGCGUCGCCGUCCGCAACACCGACGGCGGCGAGGUCGCCAACACGGUCCGCGCCUGGAUCCUGGGCAUGCUGUUUGUGACGCUCGGCGCCGGCCUGAAUAUGUUUCUGAGCAUGAGAAACCCCGCGAUUGCGUUCCAGGCCAUCAUCAUCCAGCUGCUCGUCUACCCGAUCGGCUGCUUCUGGGCGCGCGUGGUGCCGAUGCGCAAGUUUAGAACCUUUGGGCUCGAGUGGACGUUCAACACGGGGCCCUUCACCAUCAAGGAGCACACCGUCAUCACGCUCAUGGCCAACGUCACCUUUGGCUACGCCUACAGCACCGACGCGCUGCUCGCGCUGCAGGGCAAGCCCUUUUACGACCGCAACCUCGGCUGGGGCUUCUCGCUGCUCUUCACCCUCAGCUCGCAGCUCAUCGGCAUCUCCUUUGCCGGCGUCUUCCGCCGCUUCCUCGUCUGGCCGGCCGCGAUGCUGUGGCCGGCGCAAUUCUCCAGCACGACGCUCUUUUAUGCGCUCCACGACCGGGGCGGCGGCGGCGGCAGCAGCAGCAGCAGCGGCGGCGGCGCCGCGAGUAAUGCGAAUGGAUGGCGCAUCAGCCGGUACAGCUGGUUCUGCCUGGCCGCCGCGGGCAUGUUUUGCUACUACUGGUUCCCGGCCGUCAUCUUUCAAGGGCUGGCCGUCUUUUCCUUUCCGACCUGGAUCAGGCCCGACAAUGUCGUCGUGAACCAGCUGUUUGGCGGCUACUCGGGCCUCUCCCUGCUGCCCAUCACGUUUGACUGGACCUACGUCACCGCCUACCUCGCCAACCCGCUGCUCGCACCGACGCACGCCCACGUCAACACGCUGGUCGGCCUGUUCUGCUUCAUGAUCCUGCCCAUCAUCGGCAUCACCUACAGCGGCGCGCUGUGGUCCAAGUACCUGCCGCUCGUCACGUCGCAAGUGUACGACAAUACGCAGAGCGCGUACCAGGUGAACAAGAUUCUCGGUCCCGGCUUCACGUUUGACGAAAAGAGCUACAAGGACUACUCGCCCUUGUUCCUAACUCCAGCGCUGGCUCUAAACUACGGCCUCUCCUUUGCGGCGCUCAUGUCUACUCUGGUGCAUACGGGCCUGUACCAUGGCAAGGAGAUUUGGCAUCGGUUCCGCUCCUCGCGUAACCAGGAGCCGGAUGUUCACCUGAAGAUGAUGAAGAAAUACGACGAAGCCCCUGACUGGUGGUACGGCGCCCUUUUCUUGGUCUCGCUCGCGUUGGGCUUGGUCACUACACUGGCAUUCGACUCGCAGCUUCCAUGGUGGGCGUACUUCGUCUCGCUCAUCCUGGCGGUCAUCUUCAUGAUCCCCAGCUCCAUGAUCCUGGCCGUGUCCAACAUUGUCAUCAGUCUCAACGUCCUUUCCGCCUUUUUGGCAGGCUUCAUGAUCCCCGGCCGACCGAUUGGUGUCAUGAUUUUCAAAGUAUUCAGCGUCAUUACUCUGGGCCAGGCGCAGACGUACUCCGGUGACCUGAAGCUCGGCCACUACAUGAAGAUUCCCCCCAAGGUGACAUUCUGGUGCCAGGUCAUCCCCACCAUCUGGGCCGUCUUCGUGCAGAUUGCCGUCAUGAACUGGACGCUCGGCAACAUUGAAAACGCCUGCGACAACAGGCAAAAGGACCACUUCACCUGCCCCAACGGCCGCGCCUUCUUCUCCUCCAGCAUCGUCUGGGGCGUCAUUGGCCCGCGGCGCAUGUUUGGCGUCGGCGGCAUGUACAGCCACUUCAACUGGUUCUGGCUCGGCGGUGCCGCUCUGCCCGUCGUCUUUUAUCUCCUCGUCCACAAAGCAGGCAUCAAGUUCUUCCGCCACUUCAACGCCCCCAUCAUGUUUGGGUCCAUGGCCUGGCUCCCACCGGCCACGCCGCUCAGCUUCUCGUCGUGGGCUAUCGUCGGCCUCAUCUUCAACAAAUGGAUCCACGACCGCUUCAACGGAUGGUGGUCGACCUACAACUACAUCACAGCAUCGGCUCUCGACGCUGGGCUGAUCUUGAGCACUGUCAUCAUCUUCUUCGCCAUAACAUUCCCAGGAGUCCCUGUACCGCAGUGGUGGGGUAAUGUGGCCGUGCAAAAUACUCUUGAUGCGUCAUUCACUGCUAUACUGAAGACGGUGCCAGAGAAUGGCACUUUCGGACCGGCGACGUGGUGA